AGCCGGAGGAAGCGGCGGCGACGGCGAAGCACCGGCGACCAUGCAGAGGCUGGAACGCCACGGCUGUCGGCGGCGUAAGCGAGCACUCACCCCGCCGCCCGUCUCCCUGAGAAUGGAUGACCUCUCCGCUUCCGCUUCGUCGUCAACGCACCGUACAGUAGCAGAUACCAUUCCGGAAGGGGACCCAGACGCAGCCUUCACCGCAGGGCGGCGCCACCAUCUGAGCCCGGCCUCGGCCGGCGGCGCUACCCCGUCGCCCCCAUAGGCACACAUAUUGCCUUCCCCCGUGGCAUCCACCCACCCACCCACGCGGUCACCCAUCAGGAAUUCCGAACCCGAUUCCCUUUCCGAUUCCUUCCACUCCACCUCCACCUGCUUGUGUAGUUGCGUGUGUGUGGAUGAUGCGCGGGGAGAGCGAGAGUCCCCUCCUCCUCCACCGCAGCGCCGACGCCAUGGAAAGGGGCGGCGAGCACCACCACCACCCGCUUAGCGUAUUCCUCCGGGACGCGAGGCUCGCCUUCAGAUGGGACGAGCUCGGGCAGGAGAUCAUGAAGAUCGCGGUGCCCGGCGCGCUCGCGCUCAUGGCUGACCCAGUCGCCUCCCUCGUCGACACCGCCUUCAUUGGCCACAUAGGUCCCGUUGAACUUGGAGCUGUAGGUGUAUCAAUUGCUGUGUUUAAUCAAGUCUCAAGAAUUGCAGUGUUCCCCCUUGUUAGUGUCACAACAUCAUUUGUUGCUGAGGAGGAUGCUAUGUCCAAUUGCAGAGACAAUGACAAAAUAAAUCAAGAAAACGAAUGCAGUGUUUCUGUUAGCGAAAUGGAGGAACUAAUUUCUCCUGAAGGUGCUAGUGCCACUACCAGCAUAUCAUCUUUUGAAACUGAUUCAUGUGAGGUCAGUGUUGAGCAAAAGAGGAAAAAUAUUCCAUCAGUCUCUACAGCACUAUUACUUGGUGGGGUUCUUGGCCUACUUGAAACCGUACUGCUUGUUUUCUCUGCAAAACCUAUCUUAGGCUACAUGGGUGUCACACCGGAUUCUGCUAUGAUGAAGCCCGCAUUGCAGUACUUGGUUCUCAGAUCUCUUGGUGCUCCUGCUGUCCUGUUAUCUCUGGCAACACAAGGAGUCUUUCGCGGAUUUAAGGAUACAAAGACGCCUCUAUAUGCAACUGUGGCUGGAGAUGCAAUCAAUAUAGUUUUGGAUCCAAUAUUUAUCUUUGUCUUCCAAUAUGGUGUUAGUGGUGCCGCCAUUGCUCAUGUUAUAUCACAAUAUUUCAUUGCAUCCAUACUCUUAUGGAGGUUAAGGCUGCAUGUUGAUUUGUUGCCACCUAGCUUUAAACAUCUGCAGUUUGGCCGGUUUCUUAAAAAUGGUUUUCUGUUACUUGCACGAGUUAUUGCCGCAACAUUUUGUGUGACACUAUCUGCGUCAAUGGCUGCACGACAAGGUUCAACUCCAAUGGCUGCAUUCCAGAUCUGCUUGCAAACCUGGUUGGCUUGCUCACUUCUUGCUGAUGGAUUGGCUUUUGCUGGACAGGCCAUACUUGCAAGUGCAUUUGCUCGUAAGGACUAUCCAAAGGCUACUGCCACAGCUUCUCGUAUCUUGCAGCUGGCUUUGGUCCUGGGACUUAUCCUAAGCAUACUUCUUGGUAUUGGUCUGCGCAUAGGAUCUAGAUUAUUUACAUCUGAUCAGGGUGUACUGCAUCAUAUCUACAUAGGAAUACCGUUUGUCUGUCUUACUCAACCAAUCAAUGCUUUGGCUUUUGUUUUUGAUGGUAUCAAUUAUGGAGCAUCAGAUUUUGGAUAUGCUGCCUAUUCAAUGGUCCUUGUUGCUAUUGUCAGUAUCAUUUGCAUCCUCACUCUUGAAAGUUAUAGUGGGUUUAUUGGAAUCUGGAUAGCUUUGGUGAUCUACAUGAGCCUCCGGAUGUUUGCUGGAUUUUGGAGGAUAGGGACGGCACAAGGGCCAUGGGCUUAUCUUCGCGGCUGAACAUAAGUGCAAAGCUAUUAAUCUGACUUAACCAACACGAUGAGCACACGAUUUAUUGGUCACGAAAGUGGCAUUCCUGUGAUCUUGUACAUAUGCCAUACGGACUCAAUUCGUCAAACUUCAUUCUGUGAGUUUGGCGGGUUUGUAGGCACUCACGCUGUUAAACAAUCUGUUGUACUAGCCUAGUGUAGUUGGAAGUUGUGACAGAUGGAAAAUCAUGUUACGGUUGGCUACUAUGCAUAGCAGAGUUGAAUACGUGCCCACCAGGGAGCUUGUCAAAGUUUAGCACAAUGUUGUACCAAGGCGUGUGAACUGUGCUGACAUGCCAAAUAUGCAAUUAAUAGUCCAGAUUUAAGGACAAACUAUGCUACAACAUGCUGUAGCUAUUUUCUGUUCCGCAUUCAUACGAGCAGAUACAACAA